AGGAAUAGAGGAUAGGAGCUGAGUUUUUGACUAUUCGACCAUACCCCAGGAUCGAAACAUACCUGCCGAUACUUCCUGAUACGGCUCAAGACAGCUGACCAAGAACCGACCAAUCAGAAGUCGUUCGCCUUUGUAAAUACACGGUUGAUUUAAGAAAGUGUAAAGAGCAAACGGAGAGAGCGAGGAGCCAUGACGGUGGAGACAAGUGACACGAGAGGAUCUGCCCCAACACGCAUCAGCAGCAGCCGACAGGAGGGCUCUGGAGGACUGUGGGACUCUGUGAAGAAAGCUGCUGUGGUCAUCGGAUCUGGAAUCUUAUUCUUGGCUGCAUUCGGCAACUCACUGACAUGGCAUCUUCAGAGAUUCUGGGGAGCUUCAGGAGAUUUUUGGCAGAACUUGUGGACCAGGGUGUACGUGGGGUUUGAGGGUCAUGAGACUGCUUUAUUCUACUUGGGGACAAUGUUGGUCCCCACUCUGGCGUUUUGGGGUACAAACACUCUGUUGCUGCUGGUGGACACCACCGGGAAACCCUCCUUCAUCACUCGCUACCGAAUCCAGCCGGAGAAGAAUAACCCGGUGGAUCCAGUUAGGCUUCGCCAUGUGUUGAAGACCGUCAUCUUCAACUAUGUGUUCAUCUCGGGGUCGAUGGUGGUGAUUUCUCGAUACCUGAUGACCAUGAGAGGAAACCCCUGUGGCCCUGAGCUGCCCACCUUCCACUGGGCCCUCGCAGAGCUGGCUUUCUUCUCCCUCUUGGAGGAAUUUAUGUUUUACUAUUCACACAGACUUUUCCACCAUCCCAGCCUCUAUAAGAGAUUCCACAAACAGCACCAUGAGUGGACUGCUCCCAUUGGAGUCGUCUGCAUAUACGCUCAUCCUCUGGAGCAUGUGAUCUCCAACAUGUUGCCGGUGGCGCUCGGGCCGGUACUCCUUGGCUCCCACGUGUCCACCACCGCCAUGUGGUACAGUGUGGCUCUGAUCAGCACCACCAUCUCCCACUGUGGAUACCACCUCCCCUUCCUGCCCUCCCCCGAGUUCCAUGACUUUCACCACCUCAGGUUUAACCAGUGCUUUGGGGUCUUCGGCAUGCUGGAUCGGCUCCACGGCACCGAUACUAAGUUCAGGCAGACCAAGCAGUAUGAACGGCACUCAGUCCUCACCAGCCUCACACCUCUGAACGAUAGCAUCCCCGACACGCCCAAAAAGGGCCAUUGAUGACGCCUGACCCCUGAUCUUUAACUACAGGCCUUGACUAGUUUCUGAUCAAGACAUUUCUAAUCUUUAAUGAGAUUAUUAUUUAUUCUAUUAAAUUUCAAUUAUUUGAAUCCAGAACACUUGUUGCUUUAAACUGUGAAGGUCUGACACACUAUAGCCACCAACCCCAUUUCCAAGUAGAACUGCUGUACUUGAUUAGACAUGCAGAUCAAAUGAUGCCAUUUAUUUUUAUCUUCCUGUGAGCUAGAAAUGCUUUUAAUGUAGCUCAUGAUUUAGGGUUAUUUUCUAUUCCUUCUGGAUAUGAAAGUGUACAUUUUGUUCUAAUCACCAUGGAGAAGUUUAUAGAAGCUCAUGUCCACCAAGACACGAAUAGAUGAAAAAGAAAGCAUGAUAUGGUAUUAUAGAAUAUGCAGACAAUGGUAUAAAAAAAGGCUGAUUGGGACAAUUUCAGGUUAUUGAAGAUGCCGAGUUGAUUUCCGACAUUUUCAGGAUAAAAACAAUUGCAGUUUUAACCAGAAAGAGGCAGUUGUCCCUACUCAAAAAUUCUGUUUUAGGAUACUGGUACUUUGAGGGGGGUCAUACAUUUAGGUGGGUAAAAUAAUGACACAAACUCUUUUUCUACACUUGCAAAUGUAUCUUAAGUCAUGUUUUAAUUCUUCAAAACACAAUUGGUAUUUUAAGUAAUGGCAAGUGUCAGCACUCCACUUUGUGUUCCCUACUGCUCAGGCAGGAGAUACGUUUGCACUUUCCAUUUCUGUUUAAAUAUCCUUGAAUGUAAAAUGUGUAUUAAUUGUGGCCUUAGUAAUGAUUGUAUAACAAAAGCAUGAAUGUUCAAUAUUGUGAUAUGUUAAUAUUUUUGAUGGGAUCGUUUACUAAUAAAAGAUUGCACGAAAAGCUGUGGAUUUUCUUCCUACGUUCCAAAUAAAACAAAACUCAACAUGCAUAGAGAAAUAAUCACUCAAAA